AUGGAAGACUUGGAAAAUUUGGCUGAUCUAUUACCGACUUACUAUGCCAGAUUAUUUCCUUUUUAUGAUUAUUAUCGCUGGCUCAGCUAUGGAAAUGUGAAUACAUUUACCCAUAGAGAAUUUUCAUUCACUUUACAAGAUGAUAUUUACCUUCGCUUUCAAUCGUUUAAAAGUAUGAAAGAGAUGGAACAUGAAAUUAAAAGACUACUUCCUUUUAAGAUUGAUAUAGGAGCAAUAUAUAAUUACUCUCCAAAGGAUCAACGUAAAGGCUCAAAUUUCUGUCCCAUUGAAAGAGAGCUGGUAUUUGAUAUAGAUAUGACUGACUAUGAUGAUGUAAGAACGUGUUGUAGUGGUGCAGAUAUUUGCUGUAAAUGUUGGAAAUUUAUGGCACUGGCUUGUAAAAUUUUAGACAGUGCUUUAAGAUUGGAUUUUGGAUACAAACACAUCUUGUGGAUAUUCUCUGGUAGAAGAGGUAUCCAUUGUUGGGUAUGUGAUCCUAGUGCACGUAGCUUGAGUUCACAGGAACGUGGUGCAGUAGCAGAAUAUUUGCAAGUUAUAGAUGGUGGUGAAUAUAUGAAGAAAAAAGUGAAUUUGCCUGGUGAUAGAAUACACCAUUCCAUUAAACGUGCACUAGAAAUAAUAGAAGCUGUUUUUGUUCCAUUCUGUAUAGAAGAACAAAAUAUAUUGGGAACUGAGAGUGGAAUAGAAAAAUUUCUUCAAAUACUUCCUGAUGAAGAGGAUAGAAAAGAACUAAAAACACUCUUUGGUCAAUGCAAUUCUAGCAAAGAUAGAUGGAACCUAUUUGUUAAAUAUAUUAGAAACAAAAAGCCAACGGGAGAUAAAAAAUGGUACCAGUAUCGUCAUUUAAUAGAAGAAAUAAUGCUACAGUAUGCUUAUCCAAGGUUAGAUAUACAUGUCAGCAAAGGAAUGAACCAUCUUUUGAAAUCUCCCUUUUGCAUUCACCCAAAAACCGGUAAAGUUUGCAUUCCGUUCAACGCGAAUACGGUGGAUAAAUUCGAUCUCGACAAAGUUCCAACAAUUACAACAUUGAUCGAAGAAAUAAAUAAAUUUGAUCUAAAAGAUAAAACUGAACAAGAGACAUACGACUUGAACGCAAAAAGAAUAAAGGAUUAUAAAAAAACUAGCAUUAAUAAAUCGUUACAUAUCUUUAAUGAAUUUCUUUGCAAGUUAGAAAAUGAGAGAAAAGAGCAGAGACUCAAAGAAAGUGAUGAGAAAAUGGAAUUUUAG